GGAGGUCAACAGAUCUUGCCAGUUGUUGGGCGAGCCGUUGAUUCACGCGCGCAGGAAGUGGUCUGUGACGUUUGCUCGCAGAAGGAGAGACGAGAGAGCGACGUUUAUUAGACAGAUUGCGUGCGGCAUUCAGUCUUGUUGCGAGUCGGCAAUGGAUUCACUCAUUAACAUUUCACUUCUUCUCUGGUCGUUUCUCGUCUCUUCGUCGGCGUCUGUUGUUGUUGUUGCUCCGCAUUUCCUCUCCGAACCCCGAGACUCCGACGUCCGUCUUGGACACGCUCUGUCUCUACACUGUCAUGCCACCGGCGCACCAAAACCGGCAGUCAAAUGGUAUUUCAAUGGACAUCCGGUGAGUGAACGGGGAGAAGUCAUCGAGAGGAGGCUGCGAAUUUCGAAGUUCACGACCCACGACGCGGGCGUGUACUACUGCAAUGCGACGAACGAAGAGGGAAGCAUCGUGAGCAGACGAGCGACAGUCCGAUAUCAUGGUUUGUCUGGUCAUUUUGAGAGAGACCCUGUGUCACACAUGUGGUAUCGAGAUCCAGAGAGUGGAAAACUUGCAUCUGGUACUGUUGUCUUCAACUGUACUCUCCAUCGUCGUCGGUUCACCACCGUUCCUACUAUCAUUUGGCAUCGAUUUGUGAGAAAUAAGAGUAAAGCCAUAGGGAGGAAAGAGAACGGGCAGUCACAGUCACAUAGGAGUGGGCGAUUCUAUCAUUUCCAGUCUGGCAUGACAAGCUAUCUUCAGAUCACCAACCCGAGACAAUCAGAUAUUGAGAGCUCGUAUCGAUGUGUGGCCACUCAUCCUCAACUUCCAGGUGUUAGAGUGCUGAGUCGAUUGGCCAAUUUGUCUAGUACAAACGAUAGGCUUUACGGUGACUUUGGACUGACACAACAGCCGAGCAAUGUGACCGUCACAGAAUUUGAUGAUGUAACUCUCGGAUGUGCCUUUCGCGGCGACAUCUUACAUCACGGAUGGGAAAGUUCAUUGACUGGAUUCAAAACGAGUUUCGAACUUAACAAUGAUACGACGAUAUGGAGACGAGUUGGUCUAUACAAUGUGCACAAGAGAAAUGUCAAGAAGAACGAUGAAGGUCGAUAUUGGUGUGUCGGACAAAGCGGAGAGAAUACGAUCAAGCAGUCGGCUGUUGCAUAUCUAUCUGUCCUGAGUAAUCCCGUGAUUGUAAGACACUUGCCGCGAUCUGUCGCUGUUGUUGUGGGUCAGGCUAUGAUUUUGUCGUGUGAGGUUGGUGGAGCUUUGCCAAGCCAACUCACGUGGCUAAAGAACGGCGUACCUCUUGAACUCGUUCGCAGUCGAGUGACGCGUUUGACUAACAGCUCGUUGAGUGUCUCUCCGCUGAAUAAAAUGGACGGCGGUAUGUAUCAGUGUAUUGUCAAGAAUUCUGCUGGGAACACACACUCGUCUACUCAUGUGACCGUCCUCUAUCCGGCAACUGCGAUCGGCCCGUCAGUGACGGUCACCAUUGAAGAGCACCAGAAUGUUACUCUACCGUGUACGGCCGAUUGGAACCCGUUGAACAUUACGUUUCACUGGAAGAAAUUGAGAGACAAUGCUACGAACGAUCGACGAUUCACGAUUCUAUCUAAUGGGCAUUUGAGGAUUUUAGACGUAGAGCUGGACGACGGUGGCGAAUACGAAUGUAUACCCGAGAACGAUGUGGGCACCGAACGUUCUACCACCAUAGUACUGAAGGUGCAACCUAAAGAGGCUACGCUUCAUUUGAAUCCGGCCGUGUUGGUCGUGAAUGCCAGCGAUCGUGCACUGUUGUACUGCGACGCCAACAUACCGUUGCUCCUGCUCAAUGUGACGUGGAGGUUUAUGAACGACGAACUGCCGGAGUCGAUAAUCGUGUCUGACAACGGAACAUUGACGAUCGAAUCAACAUCGAAGGAACACACCGGAACGUAUUCGUGCACCGUUUAUCAUCGAACGAGAGCUGUAACAGCUGAAGCGGCAGUCAUCGUUCAAUAUUCUCCGAAGUUUGAGAAGCCGAUCGAGAGACAAGUUAACGUCUAUGAAGGACAGAAUGUCCGUCUGGAGUGUCACACGGAUGCCGUUCCUGUGGCAAACAUUUCGUGGAUCAAGGACGACUCUCGGCUGUCUAGAAACGUUGAAGUGAAAGAGAAUUUGGCUGUCAUGACAUUAGAGAAGGCGACGAGAGAGGUGGAAGGCGAUUACAUCUGUUUGGCAGAGAAUGCUCUCGGACGUCAUCAACAGGUCGUGUCUGUGUCUGUGACUGAAGGGAAGACUGUAACUGUGAUGACGAAUAGUCAGACACAUGAUAUGUAUAUUAUUAUUGGUGCUGUCGUGGGGGCAGUCGUUACUGUUGCUGUUCUCGUCGCGGUUGUUAUUGUGGCAUCGAAGCGCUGCCAACCCAAUCAGAGAGAGUACAACGUGCAAGCAGCCGAAGAAAAACAUCGACCUAGUCAGACGUCACAGGAAAAGGAAUCGUACACGAAGACUUACUACAAAACGUAUCCACCGUUAGAAGCCGAUCCAGUGAGUGACAAGAAGGAUACGCCGCCAAUAAAGUAUCUUCCUCGGACGUACAGUGUUAUCAGUACGACGUCGAGUGGAUUUUCGUCGAACUUGAACAUACCGGAAAGGGAUGCCGACCCGCGUUUCGUCGGAUAUGUGAGCGACGCAGAAGUCUCGUCAUUCAAAUAUGAUAGCAGUUGGAAACGACAUCCAAGACUGACACGUAGUUACAGCCAACCGUCUGUGCCCAUGCCGUCGCUCAAGAAGGAACGAAGAGCGAGCGUCAUCGCCUAGCAACAGAUCAGGUGCAAACAAUUAUUUUGUAACAUUAGUGAUUGCACUUAGUCUUUGGGCUCUGUGACAGCCCGUGACUUAACAGCUCAUAGAGAAUAGGUACGUCAGACAUUUAGAUGCUACGACAUGCAUGGACUGCGUGUGUAUUGUAUUUUACAUUUUACAUACAAAACUAUAUACUGUACCUUAUAUCAA